GGUGAGCUGAUCGCCCCGGGCGGGCGUCUCGCGAGCGUCAACUCGGCUGCGGCUAGAGGUCUCGGUGUUGGUGUCACAGGAUGCUGACAUGCAACCAACCAGUGAAGCUGGAAACAUCUUUAAAGGAGUGUUCGAAGGCGCGUGACGUGGGCUCCCCCUUGUGGAAAGCGAUUGGAACAAAACUUCCUUAAUUUGGAAUUAGCAUCCUAGUGGAAAGCUAAACAAUGGCUUUGGUCAGCACACCACCCACUGGUAUCUUUUUGUAUCAAGAAAAUGAAGCAAAUGCAAUGGACCCUGUGAUACACCUUCAUUACAAUUACACUGGAAAGCUUUACCGAGGAGAAAAAAGAGGCCUGACAACUAUCGCGCUUCUAAUCAUCUGUAGUUUUAUCAUCUUGGAGAACCUGAUGGUGCUGAUUGCCAUCUGGAAGAACAACAAAUUUCACAACCGCAUGUACUUUUUCAUUGGCAAUCUGGCUCUCUGUGAUCUGCUGGCCGGGAUAGUCUACAAAGUAAACAUCUUGAUGUCAGGAAAUAAGACCAUGAGCCUGUCUUUCAGGAUCUGGUUUGUUCGGGAAGGCAGCAUGUUUGUGGCUCUGGGCGCAUCCACAUUCAGCUUAUUAGCGAUUGCCAUUGAGCGACAUUUGACAAUGAUCAAAAUGAGGCCCUAUGAUGCUAAUAAAAAGUACAGGGUCUUCCUGCUCAUUGGAACAUGCUGGCUCAUUUCCGUUUCCCUGGGUGCUUUACCAAUCCUUGGUUGGAACUGUAUUGGCCACUUAAAGGACUGUUCCACCGUUUUGCCACUCUAUUCCAAAAAAUAUGUGGCAUUUUGCAUCAUCAUUUUCAUAGCCAUUCUAGUGGCCAUCGUAAUCCUCUAUGCCCGCAUUUAUAUCUUGGUGAAGUCCAGUAGCCGUAACGUCACUAACCACAGCAACUCGGAGAGAUCUAUGGCAUUGCUUAGGACAGUUGUGAUUGUUGUUGGGGUUUUCAUUGCCUGUUGGUCCCCGUUGUUUAUUCUGCUGCUGAUUGACGUGGCAUGCGAUGUGAAAGAGUGUCCCAUUUUAUACCAAGAAGAUGGGUUCAUUGCCUUGGCAGUCCUGAAUUCAGCAAUGAACCCCAUUAUCUACACUCUGGCAAGCAAAGAAAUGCGUCGGGCUUUCUUCCGCCUCGUGUGUGGCUGCCUGGUGAAGGCCAACGCCACAAUGUCUUUGCCUAUCCAGCCCACCCCAGAUCAGAGUCGAAGCAAAUCCAGCAGUAGCAACAACACACACAGACCCAAGGAGGAAUUCCCACAGACUAAAAGCUCAUCUUGUAUAGCAGAAAAAAAUGAAUCGUCAUUUCACAAUGGAAACUUCUGCAAAUGAAGCCCAUUAACUGUGCAAGCCAAGGAUUCCUCUGUGGCUUUUUAGAGCCAACUAGAAGCCUUUUUAGUGAGGUUUCAUGCACUUAAAUAAUAGGGGAGGAAGCACUAACCAAUUACUUAAGUUGAAUGCCUCUUUUUAGCACAAAACAUUUGGGUCUGGAUUUUGGUUUCAUGAGAGAUUGAUUCA